AUGGGAACUGACUGAGUGACUGAGUCACCACUUCCCGGACCAAAUGCAACCACCGCAAGCUGAGAGCAAAACACCAGAGUGGAUUUCAAUGUUUUCUGAGUCCACUAGACUCGGUUUCUGCUGAGGAGGGCCAGUCCGAGCUGCUGGAUUCGGAUUCAGACUCUGGUCUCCUGUGUGGCUCCAUGGCGGCUGUGUGACUCCGAAUUGACCCGAGAGGUGAAGAGAAUCCAGAUUAAAGAUGUCCGUCCUGGAGGGGAGAAAGUCCUCCCCUGUCCUCCUGUCUCCUGGGAGGGAGAACCCGGCCGACGUCCCUGUCCUGGAGAUCAAACUGGGAGCGCUGGUGGUGCUGCUGUCCGUCAGCGCUCUGUUUGGAUUCGCUCCGCUCUGCAUGUUCCGGGGAGCCGGCUGCUGCAGCCUGGACCCAGAUUUGCGGCACAGGCUGCUGAGCCUGAUCAGCUGUUUUGCUGGCGGAGUUUUCUUGGCCACCUGUCUGCUGGACCUGCUGCCAGACUACCUGCACAGCAUAAACGAGGCCUUUAGCAACGCUGGAGUCACGCUCCAGUUCCCUCUGCCGGAGUUCAUCCUGGCCAUGGGCUUCUUCCUGGUCCUGGUCCUGGAGCAGGCCGUCCUGGCCUUCAAGGACCAAUCCUCGCCUCACGUGGAGGAGUGCCGGGCGCUUCUGGUGGACUCCAGCAUCCAGGCGAACGACAGUAACGUCCGGCACCGCUCCCAGCGCGACUUUCACGUGGACUCGGGCUCCCGGUCGGCCCUGCGCGCCUUCAUCCUGGUCUUCUCUCUGUCGCUGCACUCGGCGUUCAAGGGUUUGGCGCUGGGGCUGCUGGACGAUGGAAAGGCGGUGCUUGAGAUCUGCCUGGCGCUGAUGAUCCACAAGAGCGUUGUGUCCUUCAGCCUGGCGUUCAGGCUGAGUCGUGGCCGGCUGCGGCGCGCGGCCGUGGCCGGCUGCGUGCUGCUGUUUGCCGCCAUGGCGCCGCUGGGCAUCGGCGUGGGCGUGGCGCUCAGGGAGAGCGAGGCGUCCCCUCGGCACCAGCUGGCGCGCUGCACGCUGGAGGGGCUGGCGGCGGGGACCUUCGUCUACAUCACCUUCAUCGAGAUCCUGCCGCACGAGCUCGGCGCCGCCGGGAGCCGCAUCCCCAAGGUGGCCAUGCUGCUGGCGGGCUUCGCCGUCGUCACCGGCGUGCUCUUCAUCAAAUUGUAACCAUACCAUACGAUAGGAUACCAUACCAUACGAUAGGAUACCAUACUAUACGAUAGGAUACCAUACCAUA